AUGUCUAAUAUCAAGAGGAAACCGUUAGACCAAAAAAGCACAAUGUCGACACCCGCCACCAGCCCUGCAAAGACGAGCCAACGCGAGACUCUCACUUCCACCACUUCCACCACUCCCAUCGCUCCCACCACGAACUCAGAUCCAAAUCCAAACCCACCACAGCUCCUCGACCUCCCAACCCUUACCGACACCUUCUCCCAAGUGGCCGACAAACUCUCCGCCCUCGCCUCCGUCGUCGCGCAGGGCGGCAGCAUCGCCGUCGCCACUGGGUGUACCGCCGCCACCGUCGCCGAGCGCAACGGAAUUCCUGGCGCCAGCACCACCCUCUCCCUAGCCGAAGUAGCCGAGCUACGAACUAUUCGAAGAGUACUUGAUACAGCCUCGGAGGUACAUGCCCGUGUCAAGCGCGAGAUGCGGCAGUUGAGCAAGCAGCAUCACGUGUCCAGCGAGAUAGUGCGCGGUCGACUGGUUAGUUUGCAGGCUAAGAAUCCCCGGUCAAAGCACCAUAGGAGGAAGUUCAGGGGUGGGAGGAUAAUUAGUGGGAGAGCCGAUUCGAAUAUCGCAGCUGGGGCUGGCGGGUCACAAUUUCCAAACUUUAGUGCGGAUUUAAUCCCCAAAGAACAUCGUCGUUCUGUUGGGGACCUCCUGCGGGGUACGUGUUUCGAGGGCGUCCAGAAUUCUACGUCCACGCUUGAACGCAGUGUUGCAACGCCCGACUCUGCUCAGACACACAAGUCAUCUGUUAAAGGCGGUCAGCAAACCCCAAAGCAUAACUUUGGCGAUGGGGAGGGGCGUGAAGAGACGGUUGUCUUGGAGGAGAAGUGA